UAAAAGAUGCAAUUAUUGAGGGAGGGGUCCCAUUUGACAAGGCUCAUGGGGUGAAUGCAUUUGAGUAUGGUGCUAAAGACAAUAGAUUCAAUGAGGUCUUCAACAAGUGCAUGCAUGACAGAACAAAAAUAGUGAUGAAGAUGAUUCUUGAAAAGUACAAGGGAUUUGAAGGAGUCAAAGAACUAAUUGAUGUAGGUGGUGGUUUAGGUGUUAACCUUGAGCUUAUUGUUUCCAAGUACCCUAAUAUUAAGGGGAUUAACUUUGACCUACCCCAUGUUAUUAAGGAUGCACCUCCUUACCCAGGUGUGGAGCAUGUCGGAGGAGAUAUGUUCCAAAGUGUUCCUAAAGGAGAUGUAAUUUUCAUGAAGAGCAUACUUCAUGACUGGGGUGAUGGUUAUUGCCUCAAGUGUCUAAAGAAUUGUUGGGCCGCAUUACCAGAGGGCGGUAAGGUGGUGGUGGUGGAGGCGAUAAUUCCUGACCCUGAAAGUGAUCCUAGGUAUAGUGAUGAAGUUUAUAAGACCGCCAUCGAAAGUGAUAUGAUAAUGUUGAUUGCCAACCCUGGAGGCAAAGAGCGAACCGCAAAAGAAUACAUCGUCUUAGCCAAAGAGGCUGGAUUUAGUUCUGUGGAAAUUAUUUGCGGGGUCUCUACUUUUUGGAUCAUGGAAUUCUACAAGAAUUAAUGUUUAACUUAUAUGUUACAUGUAAUGGCCGCGUCUCGAGGAUUUGAUGUUAAGUUUUUGUAUUUAAUUUCGCUUUAUCU